GGCAACAUCAGAAAAUAAGUCAUUGCGUUUUGGAAGCUCCUGUCUCCCGCUCAACUCAUCUUCCUUUUUUCUUCUGUUUGCUUCUGCUCUCUCUCUCUCUCUCUCUCUCUCUCUCUGAAAACCUUUAAAAAUCCGUAUCUGCAGUUUCCGUCGAAGAUUAGCUGGAGAUCCGAGGAUUCCAACGGCCGUCCCGCCAGAUUUAAAGAUAUCAACGGCUUUUUUGUCUUUUUCAAUCCCACGAACACCAUAAGCCUGGAAAUGGAUUUGAUUUUGUAUAUGUUUUGAGUUGAUUGAAAGCGGCUUAAUAUAUUUGUAGAGCUUCAUAACAGUUUGGUUAGAUUGGUCGGUGAGGCUUUCCAAUUUUCUCAGUCUUUCGGACUUACCAAAAGCACCUAUGGAGAAUUCAGAGGUUCCACAUACAAAAGUUAGCUCGUUACUCGACUCAUCCUUGCAAUCAAGUAGCAAUUUGGAUGGAACUGAGAAUUCCAUUGAUGAUUCGGCCUUCCAGGAGCAAAUCUUCAUGGAAGAUUUGGAUUUAUAUUUCGAGGAUAUUAACAAUCGACUGACAAUCUCAAGGAUGGUAAGUGAUUCUGUUAUCAAGGGCAUGGUGAAUGCUGUCUCAGAAGAGGCUGCAGAGAAUAUCGCCUUGAAAGAAGCAGAGGUGGCAUUGUUGCAAAAAAGAUUACAUUUAUACGAGUCAAAUGCACAUAUAGAUAGUAAACUCUCCUUUUUGGCUGUAGAUGAACCCAAAAGAAUGAAAUUCAAGGUACAGCCAAGCUUGCUAGAUUUGGGUGUUGAACAGAAUCGCGUGGAGGAGGAUUUGGGCAAUCUAAAGAUAGCAGCAGAAGAGCAGUUUCAGCAGCUUAAAAAUAAAGUUGAAGAUGUAAAGGGUUUUUCUUUUCAAAUGGGGCAGAUGUCAGAGACGCUCAUGGACAUGGAGAAAGGCCUUGAUGGUUUGAAAAGUAUACUAAGAGUGGUGUAUGAACAGAUUGACAAAAUACCUUUGAUGUCUGAGGCAUCACUUAAUGAAUGGAAUUGGGAGCGAGACUUUCAAAAAGAAGUUGAUGGUAUUGUGUUUCAGAGUGCCGUUAAGACCCUACAUGAGGAUUUUCAAGAGAAGUCUCUUGAACAAAGAAGCCAUUUAUCUGGUCACCCAAACAAAAAUCUGCUUAUGAAGGUGGCUGAACUCUCAAGCAUACGCCAAGAUCUCACUGCCAUUUCCAGCUCUUUAUUUUGUCCAGAACCAUCAAAGCUGUCAUCUCAUGGGUCCCUUGAAGUUGUUGAGGAAUGGACUAAUGAAAGGAAAGAUCGAAUUCAUGGGAAGCUAUUUGGAAGUCACCUUUCACCAUCCUCUUACCUUCAAGAUGAAAAUGGCACAACUUCUCUAGAGAACUCUAAGGAAUCUAAAAACACGACACCUGAGGUAAUGGAAUAUCUCCAACUGAAGCACAUGUCGAAGGAAGAGAUUAUAAACUAUUUCAAGACCAAAAUGACCGACAUGAAGAGAGACCAUGAGUUGAAAGUGCAAUAUAUGACUGAAGAGUAUUUCAGCCUCAGGCGUGAGUUCCUCAAAGAAAAAGGAUCUUCCAACUCAAGGAAAGACAAGGACUUUGAUGCCCUGAGGAAAAAAAUCCCAGAGGUGAUUCUAAAGUUGGAUGAUAUCCUUGUGGAAAAUGAGAAGUCAUCUGCGUCUUGUGAUGAUUACGAGAAUAUCUGCAUUUUGAAGGAUAGGGUCAAUAGUUUGCUUUCUGAAAACCAUUGUUUGCAAGACACGCUUAUAAAUAAAAGAAAGGAGGUUGAAUCUUUCUCUUUGCAGCUGUCUGAUGCAACUGAGGAACUGUCACAUCAUUUGAUUGCAGAGGCCAACUUCAGGAAGCAGAUAAAGAAGCUUGAAUGUGAUGUGGAAGAUUUGAAUAUAGAAAGUUUCAUUAGAGAAGACAUAUGUAAGUGUGUCCUCGGAGAGUUAACCAGCCAAAUCAAAUGCAAUAUGGAAGAUUCAGACAUUCAGGCUAUCUUUGUGCAUGAGACAUGUGCAAUUAUUUUCAGAGAAGCUGUGAGAGAUGCUGAGGCCACUGUCAGUCUCUUGAUGAUGAACUAUAACAAAGAAAAGGAAAGGAGAGUUCACCUUGGAGAAAAACUGUUGGAAAACGAAAAUGCUUUGCGUUCAGUAAUCGAAGAUAAUGGGAAGUUGAAAGAAGAAAAAUCGUCUCUCUCAGCAGUGGUGGAGGAGGAAGAGAAGUCAGUGUCAGAAAUGAGGUCCACAUUGACAGAACAGAGGGAGCGUUUUGAACUAGUUUGUCAAGAACUAAACAAGCUAAGGGACCAGGUAAAACAGCAUGAUAUAUUAGUUGAUGAGAAGAACAGGGAAUUGGAUUUGGUAAAGAGUAGAUUGGAUGAGGCUUUGGAGGAAAGUGGUCUGUACAAAAUAGAAAUAACGAAAGUAGAUCAGAAACUACAAGUAGUUGCAAAUGGCUUGAGGGAAGCAGAGGGAGAAAGAGGCGUACUUCAAGGCAUUAUUCAAGAGAAGCAAAAUAUGAUAUCGGCUGCCGUAGCAAAUGAAGUGAAGCAAAGGAAGAAAACAGAAUCCAUAUUUGCUUCUGUUCAAGAACUGUCAAAAUCAAUGGCUGAUUUUGAAUGCAGAGUAACAGAGAACAUCAUGCAGAACAAUUCCAGGUUGGAGAUGGUGAUUCAACAAUGCAGUCCGCUUGUACAGCAAGCUGCUUUACUUAAGAGAAAGGGGUUAGUGUACAAACAGAGGCUUGAACGACGAUGCUCCGACCUUCAAAUGGCUGAAAAAGAGGUUGAUCUGUUAGGGGAUGAGGUGGAUGCACUUCUAAGUCUUCUUUCAAAGAUAUACAUAGCACUCGAUCAUUACUCAAUCAUAUUGCAACAUUAUCCUGGAAUUAUGGAGGUUCUGAAAUUGGUCAGAAGGGAAUUAGAAGGAGAAACUACUAAACCAGUUGUUCAGAAGCAUCCCAAAGAAGAAAGCAUUUCCAGGUCAGCACCUUUAACAACGCCAUGGAAAAGAACAAUAGCUUCUCAUGAUAUGGCAUCCAAUGGCAUGAUGGCACUGACGCAGUAACUUUCAUCUCUUUGGGGCCUGAUACAUAUCCCCAAAUCUUUUUGUUUAUCGGCUUGGGAAAAGAAAAACUGAGGUAUGGCAAUUGUUUGGUUGCCACCAACCCCAUGCUGGUCUGCAGAUUCGCAACACCACGAACUCAAUCGGACAGUUUAUAUUAAUUGGGUGUGUUUCUCCUUUUUUGAUGCAAGGUUUUCUUCUUUAUUUGCAGUUUAAAUUGUAUACCAUUUGUUGCUUACCAUACCAUAUGGUUUUGUAUUUAAGCUUAUUAACAUCCUUUCUUGCAUGUUUGUUAAUGAUGCCUUGAUGCAACGAAAUGGCCAAACAAGUAGAUUUAUUGAAGAUCCGAAGAAUCCCACCAUUCAGAUUAUCUUGGUUGAUGAUCUGGACCAGAUCCAUUGUCUGAUGAUUACCAUGAAGAUCGGUUUAUGAUGUACAGCUGAGGUCAAUACAGAUGGUUCUUGAUUUCAUUGGAUUUUCAUCUUCUUUCCUAAAUCAGAUUGAGUAUUUAAUAAGUUUUCUUAUGUAAUUUGUUACACUUUUUGCCACUUUGGGGCAUUAAACGAUGUUAGAAUGACAAAAUAUGUUCCAUUUGAUGACAUUUUGAAUGAGUUUUCAAACGAGCCCAAGAUCACUCGAUUCUGAUGC